GGCACAGACGGGAGAGGAGAAAGAAAACACGCAGAAAGCGGCACGCACGAGGACGCACAAGUGUUUUUGUUACUGGACAAACAGAAGAAGAAAAGUGUGUGUGAGCAGCAGAGAGUGCGUGCGUCUUCACCACUCUCCACUUCUUCCACGUCCACGGGCUCCAUGUCACUCCCCGGGUCCCCUCCGCUGCUCUCCCCGGGCUCCGGCGCCCCCACUCCGGCCGCACUCUACCGAUCAGCCCCGGAGUCGCUCCACACCUCCGCCGUGUCCACCGGCACGUCCAGCCCGGCGCACACCACCAACUCCCACUCCCACUCGCUGUCCCCGUCCCCCCGCCUCACCGGCACCAUGCUCAGUACUUUCCUCCCCGGACCCGGUGGCGCACUGGGGGCUUUGGGCAACGGAGGCGGAGCGCCGCUGGGCUCCGGAGCCGCGGGCUCUCUGGGUCCCCUCGGCGGGUUCGGUUCCCUGAGCGCGGCCGGCCUGACCCCCGGCUCCCCCGGCCUGGCGCAGACCUCCUCCGGCCCGGGUCUGUGCAGUGAGUGUAAGCUGGUGGAGGUGCACGGCGUCAAGGUGGCCAGCUUCAACGUGGACGGGCACGAGCUCAUCUGCCUGCCGCAGGUGUUCGACCUCUUCCUCAAACACCUGGUGGGGGGGCUGCACACUGUCUACACCAAGCUGAAGAGGCUGGACAUCACGCCGGUGGUGUGCACCGUGGAGCAGGUGCGCGUCCUGCGGGGCCUCGGCGCCAUUCAGCCCGGUGUGAACCGGUGCAAACUCAUCUCCAGGAAGGACUUCGAGAUCCUGUACCAGGACUGCACGAGCGCUAGCUCUCGUCCAGGCCGUCCUCCGAAGCGCUGCUCUGGGGCGGGGGUCCAGGAAAGCCCCCGGCUGCUGCACCCGGGCCUCCCAGGCCUGCUGUCGCCCAACCUGCUGUCCCACACCGGUCUGACAGCAGCAGCUAUGGCAGAGCUCCAGAAGCUCCAGAAGAUGAAAAUGAUGAUGAAUCUGCAGAACGGGAACGAGUCUGAUACUGAUGAUAUGCACUCCAAUACAGGUGGGAGUGAGUGCUCAUGGGAUAAAGAGCGUCUGACCAGCCCCCCUGCUGGAGCUCACAGUGGAGGAGGAGGAGGAGGAGGAGGAGGAGCAGCACUAUCAGGAGGAGCAGGAGGUGGUGCAGGAACAGGAGGCGGGAGAGGGCCGGCCAUCGGAGCUGUCAGUCAACAACAACAACUGCAGCAGCAGCAACUUCUGGCAAACAGGUUGGACUUGCCCUUCAUGAUGAUGCCCCACCCACUGCUACCCAUGGGGUUGCCACCUGCGUCUGUCGCCAUGGCGAUGUCACAGAUGAACCAUCUCAGCACCAUCGCCAACAUGGCUGCGGCAGCUCAGCAGAUUCACACUCAUGUUCACCGUGCACCUGUCAUCAAGGAGCGAGUGUGUGACAGUCCUUCUCUGUCUCCAUCGGUUGAUGAAACCAACACUCCUCUACAGUCACAGCCCAGCAGCUCCGCCUCCAGUUCACCUGAAAGACUCGGGUUGGCGUCAGCUGAUGCAGAUGUUGCACUGACCAACCCAGCUGCACCCAUCAAGAAAAUAACAAAGGACAAAGAAGAGUCUUCGCUGGCACAGGCCCUGCCCCCUGGUUUUCCUGCUCCGUUCUUAUUCGCUGACGGCCUUUCAUCAGUGGAGACUUUGCUCACCAACAUACAGGGCCUGUUGAAGGUGGCGGUGGAAAACGCUCGGGCGCAGGACAAACAGAUCCAAGCGGAGAAGAGGGAGCUGAAGAUGGAGCUGUACCGAGAACGAGAGAUGAGGGAGAGUCUGGAACGACAGUUGACCUCUGAACUACAGAGCAGAGCCUCCAUCCAGAAGCGUCUGAAGAAGGAGAAGAAGGCCAAGAGGAAGCUGCAGGAGGCGCUGGAGUUUGAGUCCAAGAGGAGGGAGCGGGUGGAGGGCGCCCUCAAAAACUCAUCCUCGUCCUCGCCGUCUCCUGAGCCGCUGCACGCCGCCAACAACAACAAGAACGCAGACGCUGCUAUAACCGAGGAAAAAGCUGAACUUAAUGGAAACCAGCAAGACAACAGCGCUGUACAAGAAUCCCGGUCUUUCCUGAAGACACCAAUGAUGUUCUAAAGACUACGCCUCCUUAGGCCCCACCCCUCCACUUUCUGCUCCUCCCACUUUUCCUGCACCGGCCUGUUUCCAUGGCAACCUGGGCGACCACAGCGACACAGGACACUGUCUUCGUACGCUCAAACGUUUUGUCGUUGCUACGAAACCAUGAGACUACUAAGAGACCUGGACUGGGUUCUGUCUUCUGUCUUCACUUUCUUCUUCUUUUUUAACAGACUUUGCUCCGUUCAUUCCUCCUCCUCCCCCUCCUCCCCCUCCUCCCCCUCCUCCCCCUCCUCCUCCUCCUCCUCCUCCUCCUCUCCCUGCACAGUGACUCCUGUCAUCCUUCUUAUGUUUCAGAAUAAACUAGAAUAGUCAUUCCCAAGGAAAGGAAAGGACAAGGAAAACAGACUGAACUGAUUUGGACAGAGUCCCCACAGGGCAGGACAGGAUUCUGAUUGGACGGUUGAGACUGUCCCGACUCUGAUCUGAUUGGUGGUGAUGUGACAGGAGUGGUGUCACAAAGAAGACUUCCUAUUCUUCAUUUCCUUGUUUAAGAAAAAAGAAAGACAAAAACAGGUGUGAAAACCCCCUCUGGAUGUGACUGUAAGUUCAGCCAACCUCAUUGGCCAGCCGACCACACACUCUGAUUGGACGAUAAUCAGCUGAUCGGAGGAGCUCAGGACCGGAGGGUUAAAAAAAAAGGAAAGAGUAAAAAAUACCAGGAAGGAAAAAAAAACUGAAGAGGGAAAAACUGGUAGUGUGAAGCCUAUUUGUGUCUGGUGUUGGUUUGACUCUACAGAAUGCAUGGGAACAUGGAGCUUCUGUCCUUUGGCUGAGUUUAUCCUCUGGACACUUCUUACCUCCUUCCUCAUCCCCUCUUUCACUCUUUCUUCCUCUUUUUGGAUUCAUCCCUCACCCCUCUCCUCUCACUGUUCUCUACAGAUUUGCUGCUUAUCUUGUUAUACUGUUUUUGCUUCCCUCCUCAUCCCCCUCUUCCUUCUCCCCCCUCCUUUUCUUCCUCCCCCUCUUCUUCCUCUUCCUCCUCUUCUUCCUCUUCCCCCCUCCUUGUCCUCCUCUUCUUCCUCUUUCCCUCCUCUUCCUCCUCCUACCCCUUUUCCUCCUCCUCCUCUUCCUCCUCCUCUUUCUUCUUCUGUCUCUCUGUAAGGAGACAUUACUCUACAAAUGUUGAAUGCAGCUUUUCAAUGUAUGAUGAAGUAUUUUCUAUCACCCUUAACCUAUGAAUUCAUUCUCAAAUGAUGCAAAAGUU